GCAAGCCUGAGAAAGUAUGGUCAGUCUUAUUAGCGAACUAGGCCGGGCCUAGAACAGCCCUGCUAGCAGUGAGACAAUUGUCGACGCGGGGGUAAGCAAGCAUCUGUCAACUAACACACUAGAGCGUCGUAGACAUUAGCUGGCUUGGCGCUAUCUCUCUAUCCAUACUAGUGUACGCGAUGAUAAGGUGACUUUCACGAACGACCUAGAGAUGAGGAUUUGGCAAAUUUUAUCGCCCUUUUUGCAGUGCCGAAGAUCAUUGAUCGAUCACUAUUGACCAUUGACCUUGCGGCGGCACCAUGGAGAAGGGAGUCGGACAACAAGAUGCGACCGCCGUUGCAUCGCGGCUGGUCGACACGGGAUUGGUCGGCGACAAGGACGUCGCGAUUGCAAUGGUUGGAGAGGAAAGGCAUGCGGUUGAUCCCGUUGUCGUCCGGCUUGCUGUUCGCAAGAUAGACUGGUUUUUGAUUCCAGCUAUGACUGUUGGCUAUGGGCUCGUGUAUUACGACAAGGCUAUCCUUGGAUCUGCGGCCUUGUUUGGCAUGACAGCAGACUUAAAGCUCAGCGUCCCAGAUCCGCGGCACCCAUCUACGGUUGACACGUCGCGGCUUAGCUGGGCAACGUCCAUUUUCUAUUUCGGCAUGCUGGGCGGACUUUACCCCAUGUCGUACGCUCUGCAGCGCUUCGAGACGGGACGUCUUCUCGGCGGUGUCGUUGUGCUGUGGUCCCUAAUCUGCAUGCUCACUGCGGCAGUGACCUCCCACCAGGGGCUAUAUGCGCAGCGCUUCUUCCUGGGCUUCAUCGAAAGUGUUAUCCCUACGGGCUUCAUGUGCAUCAUUAGCGGGUUUUACACACAGCAAGAGCAAUCCCUGCGGCAGAGCUGGUGGUUCUCCUCGACGGGGCUCUGGACGAUCAUAGGUGGCGCGCUUAAUUAUGGAUUUGCCCAGAUAACAGGGGGUGGUCUGCGACGUUGGCAGUAUAUCUACCUCCUGGCCGGAUGCCUUACGUUUCUUUUCGGCCUAUUCUGCUUUACCGUUCCGAGUUCGCCUGUAUCGGCGUGGUUCUUAACUAAAGAUGAGAGGUUCGCCGCUGUAGAAAGACUACGAUACGGUCAGACUGGCGUUCGCUGCACCAAGUUCAAAUGGCACCAACUAAGGGAGGCCGUGCUUGACAUCAAGAUCUGGCUAAUAGCUAUCAUGAUGGCCUCGGCUUAUACCGUCAAUGGCGCCGUUUCCGGCUUCGGUCCCUUGAUUGUGUCAACGUUCGGUUGGAGCACCCUCGAGUCCAUCGUCUUCCAAUUCCCACUUGGAGGCUUAUGUUUGAUCGCAAUUUUACUUACAGGCUGGCUUGGAUCUCGUUACCCGAACAUUCGCAUAUUGAUGCUAAUUGUAUGUUGCCUUCCCGUCAUAGCAGGGUGUGCUAUUAUCUGGAAGAGCCAGUGGACGUACCAUGCUGCUGCGCCUGUGGUAGGUUAUACGAUUACAGGCACCUUUGGUGCCGUGGUGAGUUUGAUUAUUACCCUUGGGAUGUCCAACGUCGCUGGACAUACGAAAAAGAGCUUUACAUCAGCAACUAUCUUCGUAGCAUAUUGUGUUGGAAACAUCAUCGGUCCGCAAUUGAUUAAGAGUCAGACCAAAGCAUCUAACUACCCCGAGCUCUGGCUUGGGCUCAUUAUAUGCUAUUGUAUUACAAUCGCAGCUUCGAUAACCCUCUUCAUAGUUCUCAAAUAUGAAAACCACAAGAAAGAAUCCGCAGUGGUGGAGGAUGAAGCUGAGAGAUCCAAGCUCGCAUUUCAGGACCUUACUGACAAGGAAAACCCGUAUUUCAGAUAUGUCAUGUAGACUUGAAAUGAAGAUUAGAUACGUGGGUAGCUGAUGAGCAAUAUCAAACCUAAUUGUGCGCAUCACCUCCAACU